AUGCCGGUAGCUUUCAGAAAAGAGAGACGGUUCUUCCCUCAGUCACCCUAUGCCAUCUUUUUGUUGUUCAUACUGACUGUUUCAGCUACAGCUAAAGCUGUUUCUCAUUCUUCGUCUCAUCAAAUUAAGAAUCAGGUCAACAUUCAAGAAGACCUCCCAGAAUUGAAUGGUGUUAAUCCAGACAAUACUCCAGAGUCGCUUGACAGUAUUUCAGCUGAGACGUCGCGACAAAGCUCUGCGGUCUCAUCUGUGAAGCAUCUUAUAAAUCGAGCGAAGUCUCUUCAUCGCGCUCAUUCUGAAAAAUCAACAGAGUCGUCUGAUGAUGAGUUUUCCUUCGACGAAGACAAUGAUGACGAUUUGGGAGACAACGAACUCGCAGUCGGCCGCGAUGAUUCUCAUCAAUUAGCGUUGGCAGUCAAGAUCGGCGACGAUGAGGUUGCCGUUGGAGUUGAUGUUGCGGGCGUUCAACACGCGCAUGUCGUCGUCGAAGUGGAGAGCGAGAGUUGCUGCGAGUGUGACGGCAGCUGCACGACGACUACAACUACUACAAGCACGACUACAACUACUACAAGCACGACUACAACUACUACAAGCACGACUACAACUACUACAAGCACGACUACAAGCACGACUACAACAACUACAAGCACGACUACAACUACUAUCACGGCGACCAUGAGCACAACCAGCACAACAUCUACUACGAGUACUACAACUGAUUACACUAAAACGACUCAACUACCAGGAACCACUUCUACGUCUACAGCUAGUCCUACAUCUAUUACCACCAGCACUACAAGCACAAGAUCUACUACUAGCACGGCAUUUACUACUAGCACGACAUCUACUACUAGCACGACAUCUACCCGCACAAGCACAACCAGAAUAAUAUCUACUACGAGCACUACAACUGAAACGACUCAACCAUCAGGGUCCACUUCUACAUCCACCACCAACACCAGCACAACGUCUGCUAGCAGCACAAGCACCACCAGCACAACGUCUGCUAGCAGCACAAGCACCACCAGCACAGCAUCCACUACCAGCACCGCAACAUCCACUACUAGCACAACGAGCAAAACUGUGCCAACUCAACCACCAGGAUCCACUUCUACAUCGACGACCAGCACAGCAUCUACCACCAGCACUACCACAGUUACCACAAGCACAACAUCUACUACCAGCACUACAUCCACUGCCAGCACCACAACACCACAAGCACAACAUCCACUACCAGCGACACAAGCACAACCUCCACUACCAGCGCCACAUCUACUACCAGCACCACGAGCACAGCAUCUACUACCAGCACUACGAGCACAACAUCUACUACAAGCACCACAUCCACCACAUCCACCACAUCCACCACAAGCACCACACACCACAAGCACAACAUCCACUACCAGCACCACCAGCAGCACAAUAAGCACAACAUCUACCACCAGCACCACAAGCACAACAAGCACAACAUCUACUACGACCACUACAACUGACGAAACUGUGCCGACUCAACCACCAGGAUCCACUUCUACAUCUACAACCAGCACCACAAUUACCACAAGCAUAACAAGCACCACAAGCACAACAUCUACCAGCACCACCACAAGCACAACAUCUACUACCAGCACUACAUCCACUGCCAGCACCACAAGCACAACAUCUACUACAAGCACAACAUCCACUGCCAGCACCACAACACAACAAGCACCACAAGCACAACAAGCACCACAAGCACAACCUCCACUACCAGCGCCACAUCUACUACCAGCACAACAUCUACUACCAGCACCCCAAGCACAACCAGCACAAUAUCUACUACCAGCACCACAGGCACAACCAGCACAACAUCUACUACCAGCACUACCACAAUUACCACAAGCACAACAUCUACUACCAGCACUACAUCCACUGCCAGCACCACAAGCACAACAUCUACUACAAGCACAACAUCCACUGCCAGCACCACAAGCACAACAUCUACUACCAGCACCACAAGCACAACAUCUACCACAACAAGCACCACAAGCACAACAAGCACCACAAGCACAACCUCCACUACCAGCGCCACAUCUACUACCAGCACAACAUCUACUACCAGCACCACAAGCACAACCAGCACAAUAUCUACUACCAGCACCACCACAAUUACCACAAGCACAACAUCCACUGCCAGCACCACAAGCACUACCAGCACCACAAGCACAACCUCCACUACCAGCGCCACAUCUACUACCAGCACCACGAGCACAGCAUCUACUACCAGCACUACGAGCACAACAUCUACGACCAGCACCACAAGGACAACAUCUACCACAUCCACCACAAGCACAACAUCCACUACCAGCACCACAAGCACAACAAGCACAAUAUCUACUACCAGCACCACCACAAUUACCACAAGCACAACAUCCACUGCCAGCACCACAAACUACCAGCACCACAAGCACAACAUCUACUACCAGCUCCACAGGCAGAACAAGCACCACAAGCACAACAUCUACUACCAGCUCCACAAGCACAACAAGCACAACAUCUACUACCAGCUCCACAAGCACAACAAGCACCACAAGCACAACAAGCACCACAAGCACAACAUCUACUACCAGCACCACAAGCACAACAAGCACAACAUCUACUACCAGCACCACAAGCACAACAAGCACAACAAGCACCACAAGCACAACAAGCACAACAUCUACUACCAGCACCACAAGCACCACAGCUACCACAGCUACCACAAGCACCACAAGCACCACAAGCACCACAAGCACCACAAGCACCACAAGCACCACAAGCACCACAAGCACCACAGCUACCACAAGCACCACAUCCACUACAUCCACCACAUCCACCACAAGCACCACAAGCACAACAAGCGCAACAUCUACUACUAGCACCACAAGCACAACAAGCACCACAUCUACUACCAGCACAACAAGCACAACAUCUACCACAAGCACCACAUCUGCUACCAGCACCACAAGCAUAACAUCUACUACGAGCACUACAACUGACGAAACUACAACAUCCACUACCAGCACCACAAGCACCACAUCUACUACCAGCACCACAAGCACAACAUCCACUACCAGCACCACAAGCACAACAUCUACCACAAGCACCACAAACACAACAAGCGCAACAUCUACUACUAGCACCACAAGCACAACAUCCACUACCAGCACCACAAGCACAACGUCUACUACAAGCACCACAAGCACAACAUCUACUACCAGCACCACAAGCACAACAUCCACUACCAGCACCACCAGCACAACAAGCACCACAUCUACUACCAGCACAACAAGCACCACAUCUACCACAAGCACCACAUCUACUACCAGCACCACAAGCACAACAUCUACUACCAGCUCCACAAGCACAACAAGCACCACAAGCACAACAUCUACUACCAGCUCCACAAGCACAACAAGCACAACAUCUACUACCAGCUCCACAAGCACAACAAGCACCACAAGCACAACAAGCACCACAAGCACAACAAGCACCACAAGCACCACAUCUACUACCAGCACCACAAGCACAACAAGCACCACAAGCACAACAUCUACUACCAGCUCCACAAGCACAACAAGCGCAACAUCUACUACCAGCACCACAAGUACCACAUCUACUACCAGCACCACAAGCACCACAUCUGCUACCAGCACCACAAGUACAACAUCUACCAGCACCACAAGUACAACAUCUACCAGCACCACAAGCACCACAUCUACUACCAGCACCACAAGCACAACAUCUACUACAAGCACCACAAGCACAACAUCUGCUACCAGCACCACAAGCACCACAUCUACUACCAGCACCACAUCUACCACAAGCACCACAGGCACAACAUCUACUACCAGCACCACAUCUACUACCAGCACCACAAACACAACAAGCGCAACAUCUACUACUAGCACCACAAGCACAACAUCCACUACCAGCACCACAAGCAGCACAAUAAGCACAACAUCUACUACCAGCACCACAAGCACCACAUCUACUACCAGCACCACAAGCACCACAUCUACUACCAGCACCACAAGCACCACAUCUACUACCAGCACCACAAGCACCACAUCUACUACCAGUACCACUAGCACCACAUCUACUACCAGCACCACAAGCACCACAUCUACUACCAGCACCACAUCUACCACAAGCACCACAGGCACAACAUCUACUACCAGCACCACAUCUACUACCAGCACCACAAACACAACAAGCGCGACAUCUACUACUAGCACCACAAGCACAACAUCCACUACCAGCACCACAAGCAGCACAAUAAGCACAACAUCUACCAGCACCACAAGCACAACAUCUACUACCAGCACAACAAGCACAACAUCCACUACCAGCACCACUAGCACAACAAGCACCACAUCUACCACAAGCACAACAUCCACUACCAGCACCACUAGCACCACAUCUACUACUAGCACCACAAGCACAACAUCCACUACCAGCACCACAAGCAGCACAAUAAGCACAACAUCUACCACCAGCACCACAAGCACAACAUCUACUACGAGCACUACAACUGACGAAACUGUGCCGACUCAACCACCAGGAUCCACUUCUACAUCUACAACCAGCACCACAAUUACCACAAGCACAAGCACAACAUCUACCAGCACCACAAGCACAAGCACCACAUCUACUACCAGCACAACAAGCACCACAUCUACUACCAGCACAACAAGUACCACAUCUACUACCAGCACAUCUACCACAAGCACCACAUCUGCUACCAGCACCACAAACACAACAAGCACAACAUCUACCAGCACCACAAGCACAACAAGCACAACAUCUACUACCAGCACCACAAGUACAUCUACUACCAGCACCACAAGCAGCACAAUAAGCACAACAUCUACCACCAGCACAACAAGCACCACAUCUACUACCAGCACAACAAGCACUACCAGCACCACAAGCACAACAUCCACUACCAGCACCACAAGCAGCACAAUAAGCACAACAUCUACUACCAGCACCACAAGCACAACAUCUACUACCAGCUCCACAAGCACAACAUCUACUACCAGCGCACAACAUCUACUACCAGCACCACAACAUCCACCACCAGCACCACUAGCACAACGAGCACCACUAGCACAACGAGCACCACAUCUACCACAAGCACCACAUCUACCACAAGCACCACAUCUACCACAAGCACCACAGGCACAACAUCUACUACCAGCACCACAAACACAACAAGCGCAACUUCUACUACUAGCACCACAAACCACAAGCACCACAUCUACUACCAGCACCACAAGCACCACAUCUACUACCAGCACCACAAGCACCACAUCUACUACCAGCACCACAUCUACCACAAGCACCACAGGCACAACAUCUACUACCAGCACCACAUCUACUACUAGCACCACAAACACAACAAGCGCAACAUCUACUACUAGCACCACAAGCACAACAUCCACUACCAGCACCACAAGCAGCACAAUAAGCACCACAUCUACUACCAGCACCACAAGCACCACAUCUACUACCAGCACCACAAGCACCACAUCUACUACCAGCACCACAAGCACCACAUCUACUACCAGCACCACAAGCACCACAUCUACUACCAGUACCACUAGCACCACAUCUACUACCAGCACCACAAGCACCACAUCUACUACCAGUACCACUAGCACAACAUCCACUACCAGCACCACAUCUACCACAAGCACCACAGGCACAACAUCUACUACCAGCACCACAACAUCCACCACCAGCACCACUAGCACAACGAGCACCACAUCUACCACAAGCACCACAUCUACCACAAGCACCACAGGCACAACAUCUACUACCAGCACCACAAACACAACAAGCGCAACUUCUACUACUAGCACCACAAGCACAACAUCCACUACCAGCACCACAAGCACAACAUCCACUACCAGCACCACAAGCAGCACAAUAAGCACAACAUCUACUACCAGCACCACAAGCACAACAUCUACUACCAGCACCACAAGCACAACAUCUACUACCAGCUCCACAAGCACCACAUCUACUACCAGCUCCACAAGCACCACAUCUACUACCAGCACCACAAGCACCACAUCUACUACCAGCACCACAAGCACCACAUCUACUACCAGCACCACAUCUACCACAAGCACCACAGGCACAACAUCUACUACCAGCACCACAUCUACUACCAGCACCACAAACACCACAUCUACUACCAGCUCCACAAGCACAACAAGCACCACAAGCACAACAUCCACUACCAGCACCACAAGCAAAACAUCUACCAGCACCACAAGCACAACAUCUACCACAAGCACCACAUCUACUACCAGCACCACUAGCACAACAUCCACUACCAGCACCACAAGCACAACAUCUACUACCAGCACCACUAGCACAACAUCUACUACGAGCACUACAACUGACGAAACUGUGCCGACUCAACCACCAGGAUCCACUUCUACAUCUACAACCAGCACCACAAUUACCACAAGCACAACAAGCACCACAAGCACAACAAGCACCACAAGCACAACAUCUACCAGCACCACAAUUACCACAAGCACAACAAGCACAACAUCUACCAGCACCACUAGCACAACAUCUACUACCAGCACCACAAGCACAUCUACUACCCACCACAACACCACAAGCACAACAAGCACCAGAAGCACAACAUCCACUACCAGCACCACAAGCACCACAUCUACUACCAGCACCACAAGCACCACAUCUACUACCAGCACCUCAUCUACCACAAGCACCACAGGCACAACAUCUACUACCAGCACCACAUCUACUACCAGCACCACAAACACCACAUCUACUACUAGCACCACAAGCAUAACAUCUACCAGCACCACAAUUACCACAAGCACAACAAGCACAACAUCUACCAGCACCACUAGCACAACAUCUACUACCAGCACCACAAGCACCACAUCUACUACCAGCACCACAAGCACCACAUCUACUACCAGCACCACAUCUACCACAAGCACCACAGGCACAACAUCUACUACCAGCACCACAUCUACUACCAGCACCACAAACACCACAUCUACUACUAGCACCACAAGCAUAACAUCUACCAGCACCACAAUUACCACAAGCACAACAAGCACAACAUCUACCAGCACCACUAGCACAACAUCUACUACCAGCACCACAAGCACAUCUACUACCAGCUCCACAAGCACAACAAGCACCACAAGCACAACAUCUACUACCAGCACCACUAGCACAACAUCCACUACCAGCACCACAAGCACAACAUCUACCAGCACCACUAGCACAACAUCUACUACCAGCACCACAAGCACAUCUACUACCAGCUCCACAAGCACAACAAGCACCACAAGCACAACAUCCACUACCAGCACCACAAGCAAAACAUCUACCAGCACCACAAGCACAACAUCUACCACAAGCACCACAUCUACUACCAGCACCACUAGCACAACAUCCACUACCAGCACCACUAGCACAACAUCCACUGCCAGCACCACAAGCACAACAUCUACUACCAGCACCACUAGCACAACAUCUACUACGAGCACUACAACUGACGAAACUGUGCCGACUCAACCACCAGGAUCCACUUCUACAUCUACAACCAGCACCACAAUUACCACAAGCACAACAAGCACCACAAGCACAACAUCUACCAGCACCACAAUUACCACAAGCACAACAAGCACAACAUCUACCAGCACCACUAGCACAACAUCUACUACCAGCACCACAAGCACAUCUACUACCAGCUCCACAAGCACAACAAGCACCACAAGCACAACAUCCACUACCAGCACCACAAGCAAAACAUCUACCAGCACCACAAGCACAACAUCUACCACAAGCACCACAUCUACUACCAGCACCACUAGCACAACAUCCACUACCAGCACCACAAGCACAACAUCUACCAGCACCACUAGCACAACAUCUACUACCAGCACCACAAGCACAUCUACUACCAGCUCCACAAGCACAACAAGCACCACAAGCACAACAUCCACUACCAGCACCACAAGCAAAACAUCUACCAGCACCACAAGCAAAACAUCUACCAGCACCACAAGCAAAACAUCUACCAGCACCACAAGCACAACAUCUACCACAAGCACCACAUCUACUACCAGCACCACUAGCACAACAUCCACUACCAGCACCACAAGCACAACGUCUACUACCAGCUCCACAAGCACAACAAGCACCACAUCUACUACCAGCACAACAAGUACCACAUCUACCACAAGCACCACAUCUACUACCAGCACCACUAGCACAACAUCCACUACCAGCACCACAUCUACCACAAGCACCACAAGCACAACAAGCACAACAUCCACUACCAGCACCACUAGCACAACAAGCACCACAUCUACCGCAAGCACAACAUCCACUACCAGCACCACAAGCACCACAUCUACUACUAGCACCACAAGCAUAACAUCCACUACCAGCACCACAAGCAGCACAAUAAGCACAACAUCUACCACCAGCACCACAAGCACAACAUCUACUACGAGCACUACAACUGACGAAACUGUGCCGACUCAACCACCAGGAUCCACUUCUACAUCUACAACCAGCACCACAAUUACCACAAGCACAACAAGCACCACAAGCACAACAUCUACCACACCACAUCUACUACCAGCACAACAAGUACCACAUCUACUACCAGCACAUCUACUACCAGCACAUCUACCACAAGCACCACAUCUGCUACCAGCACCACAAACACAACAAGCGCAACAUCUACUACUAGCACCACAAGCACAACAUCCACUACCAGCACCACAAGCAGAUCCACUUCUACAUCUACAACCAGCACCACAAUUACCACAAGCACAACAAGCACCACAAGCACAACAUCUACCAGCACCACAAUUACCACAAGCACAGCAUCUACCAGCACCACAAUUACCACAAGCACACACCACAAGUACAACAUCUACCAGCACCACAAGCACAACAAGCACCACAUCGACUACCAGCACAACAAGCACCACAUCUACUACCAGCACAACAAGCACCACAUCUACUACCAGCACAACAACACCACAUCUACUACCAGCACAACAAGCAGCACAUCUACUACCAGCACAACAAGUACCACAUCUACUACCAGCACAACUACCACAAGCACCACAUCUGCUACCAGCACCACAAACACAACAAGCGCAACAUCUACUACUAGCACCACAAGCACAACAUCCACUACCAGCACCACAAGCAGAUCCACUUCUACAUCUACAACCAGCACCACAAUUACCACAAGCACAAGCACAACAUCUACCAGCACCACAAUUACCACAAGCACAACAAGCACAACAUCUACCAGCACAACAAGCACAACAUCUACUACCAGCACCACAUCUACUACCAGCACCACAAACACAACAAGCGCAACAUCUACUACCAGCACCACAUCUACUACCAGCACCACAAACACAACAAGCGCAACAUCUACUACUAGCACCACCAAGCACCACAUCUGCUACCAGCACCACAAACACAACAAGCGCAACAUCUACUACUAGCACCACAAGCACAACAUCCACUACCAGCACCACAAGCAGCACAAUAAGCACAACAUCUACUACCAGCACCACAACACCACAAGCACAACAUCUACUACCAGCACAACAAGCACAACAAGCACCACAUCUACCACAAGCACCACAUCUGCUACCAGCACCACAAACACAACAAGCCACCACAUCUACCACAAGCACCACAGGCACAACAUCUACUACCAGCACCACAUCUACUACCAGCACCACAUCUACCACAAGCACCACAGGCACAACAUCUACUACCAGCACCACAUCUACUACCAGCACCACAAACACAACAAGCGCAACAUCUACUACCAGCACCACAUCUACUACCAGCACCACAAACACAACAGGCGCAACAUCUACUACUAGCACCACAAGCACAACAUCCACUACCAGCACCACAAGCAGCACAAUAAGCACAACAUCUACUACCAGCACCACAACACCACUAGCACAACAAGCACCACAUCUACCACAAGCACCACAUCUACUACCAGCACCACUAGCACAACAUCCACUACCAGCACCACAUCUACCACAAGCACAACAAGUACAACAUCCACUACCAGCACCACUAGCACAACAAGCACCACAUCUACCACAAGCACAACAUCCACUACCAGCACCACAAGCACCACAUCUACUACUAGCACCACAAGCAUAA